CAUCAAACCAUCUUCGUUCCCCUAAUCCAAGUGUCUGUUUAUAACAUGUUCAUUACAGUACUGACACAGAGGAGUCUAGCGGUAGCACAGUUAUAAUACAACGAUAUUGGCGAGUUGCGGCAUAAAAGAAGCACACGAACGGAGAAAAGUGGAACAUUUACAAGGGGGAAAUAAACACAUAUUGGUGGUAAACAUUAUCACUCCCUCCUAUAUAAAACGCCAGAAGAGGGAAUCAAUUGAGAGGGAGCGAGAGGAAAAAAAGCGCUGAAGGCAACCCACUCAAUAGCCACUUAUUAGGCGAAUAGCCUACAUUCCAGUCGGAUUUGCGUACAUUAAUAAACCAUCAUAAGAAAUGUCUGCCCCAGCUGCUGCCGGUGCCCCCGCAGACGGAGCGGCGCCACCUCCCAACCUCACCAGCAACCGCCGCCUGCAACAGACACAGGCUCAGGUGGAUGAGGUGGUGGAUAUCAUGCGUGUAAACGUGGAUAAGGUUCUGGAGCGUGAUCAGAAGCUGUCAGAGCUGGAUGAUCGGGCCGAUGCCCUGCAGGCUGGAGCCUCACAGUUCGAGACCAGCGCUGCAAAACUCAAGAACAAGUACUGGUGGAAGAAUGCCAAGAUGAUGAUUAUCCUGGGGCUGAUAUGUGCGAUUGUCCUCAUCGUCCUCAUCGUCUACUUCAGCACCUAAGAUGAGUGGCUCCUACCCCAGUCUGCAGUCAAGACUGCCCGCUUCCUUGCAACAGAACAUCCUUUAAAUUGACGAGAAAAUGAUCCACUAACGUUGAAUUCAUUAAAUUGCUCCUAAAUAUUCUCAAUGUGACCCUGCCCCGAACCCCCUGACCCCCUCAGCCCCUGCUUCCACCGCCUCACCUCUGGACUCCUGUCAAUCUUUGUCCUGUAAAUCUGUUGACCUGCCUCCUUUGUAAAUACUUCCUGCUUUUCUAAUCUGUCGUUCAUACUCAGACCCCAAUACUUGUUGUGAUUGUUACCGAUGACAACAGAAAAGGAAAAUGAUGACCCUGGUGAUAAUAGUUAUAUACCAGACAUAUAUAUAGUUCUUUGUAGAGUUUUAUUCUGAUAUAAUGUUUUUGUAGGUUGUGUGUGGGUGUGCGUUUUGUAUUUUUUAAUUUUUGUAUUAAUUUUACUUAUGCUUCAGAUUUGAACUACUGCCUAUUAAUCAGAGUGUGUAUAUCUUGCACAUUCUCUCUCACUGUCUCUGCCUGUCUCUGGAUUUCUCUCUCUUGCUCUGUCUCACAUUGAGUAUAGGUGCAUCUUUGCACAGUGACAUAGUCUCCUUUAACCGAGGUACUUCAUCAAUAUUCCCAUCCUCUUCUUCCAUCUUUUGCUUCUCUCUCGCUUUCUCUCUCCUAUACCAUUUAGCCAUACUGUCUCUUCAGAAUCCUUUCACCCUUUCUCUUUGUUUCUGUUUCUGUUUCCCUGUCUGUCGUUUCCGAGUCAUAUACCUUCUCUUUUUAAACUGCCAUUAGAAUUGGACCAAUGUCUGUAGAUGUUUUUUAUUUUACUUAGUGUCUUAUUUCGAGAACAUUCCUUCAUGGCAGUCUAGUACAAAUGCUGUCACUGUAGCACAUGUAUGUGUAAGUAUCUUUGAAAACAGAAAAUAGAUAGCCUGUAUAAAGUUACCGUAAAUAUUAUUGUAGAGAUCAAUAUAACAAGCCAGAGUGGGGAAAAUAACAAUAUUGAUAGAAAGGAGGGCUUACUAGUUUUUGUUUGGUGCAUCGUAAUUUGAACCUGAUUAAUUUGUUCAUUUCAGCAACAUAAAAUUGCAUAAAGUUGCUGUGACAAUGCACCAAUCCUACAGAGAUGUCAUUACUAACUAAAUAAUCACAAUGACACAGUAAAGCCUUAGUCUCUGAUCAAAACGUGUCACCUUAAUGGUCAAAAUGUUCCCAUCCAAGUUUUAUUUUGUGUAGGGGCAAUGGCUGACUGAAAACGUUUAGGUGGUGUGAAAUGCACAAAGAACUUUGAUAUUGAUGGUGCUGUCUGACUGGUCAACAGAAUGACCGCUGUCUGACUGGUCAACAGAAUGACCGCUGUCUGACUGGUCAACAGAAUGACCGCUGUCUGACUGGUCAACAGAAUGACCGCUGUCUGACUGGUCAACAGAAUGACCGCUGUCUGACUGAUCAACAGAAUGACCGGCAGAGAGAGAACCUCAUGCAGCAAAACCUCACCUAUUCAUGAGCACAUACACAGACAACUCAGCCUUAUUUGAAAGUGAAGGUACAAGUAUUAAGAUAGAUGAAGCAACUGGCAUAGAUGAACAAGAUGAUUUAGAGAAAGGGACUAACUUGGGUCAUGGGUACCAGCUUCAUCGACAGAUUCAGAGUUGCUGUAAAACUUAAGUGAACAUUCCUAGAAAUGUCAUGAAAAACGUCUUAGCAUUCCAGCACACAAGAUAGAGUGAGCGUUUAGCUAGUGCUGCUGUUCUCUCUCUUUCUUUCAUUUCUCCCUAGUUACUGCCUUUUUCUUUUUUAAACAUAGUAAUAGAGUAUAUUUUAUAUAGCAUAUUUUUGUGUUUGUGUGAAGCAGACAUGUAAAGAGGAGACUGAACUCAAAGCAGCGCUCCUCUCUACCUUUUUGCGUGUAUGUGUCUUUUUGCGGUUCAGCUCUGUAAGAUAAACACUGCCAAGAAACUAGGGAGAGGCUUUUAUUUUCUGUUAUUUUCUCAUUGGUGCCCUUAAUGGUAUGGUCUUAAUGGAUUGCUCUUGCAUGGUCACCUCUUGUCCCAUGCCCCUGUAAAGGCCUACCUGUUGCUAGUGCUAUCGAUCUGCCAGCUCUAUUAGUCUACGUUAUGAGUAGUAACAGAAAGACCCCUGGAACUGUGGGAUAUAUAGUUGUUCCCAUAGGUUAUGUCACUUCAACAUGACCUCUUCCCCUAUGUUCCACCGGGUCUGCAUACUUCCUACAUCCUCCUAUUUCACCUCCGUCCCCAGCUCCCCCCUCACUGAUUCAGGAUCCUACACUGUGAAUGUGUGUGUGAGUGUGUGUUGGUGAAACACUGCCGCCCUGGGAAUAUCCCUAGUUUAUCUUGACAGAUUAGGCCACUUAGACCUUACCGAUGUGGGCAAGCUGUUUCCAUGACAACUGAAUUCGAUGAGCAGAGUGAUGAGGUAACAGAUUAGCCCACUGACUCUUUCAGACGGGUCAAGUUUGCCAUUUUUCCAGGUAUGCUCAAGGAAUAUUCACUGGCAGAGGCCUCCCCAACCACCCAUCACUUUACGAAUAAACGACACAGAUAUUCCCUUGCUCUUUCUCUCACCCCCCUCUCUCCCCCCUCACUCUCUCUCCCUCCCCCUUGCAUUGUCUCCCCCAUCAUGACUCCUUCUAGUUCCUUCUACCCUCUUAGCAUCUCUCUCUCUCCUUCUCUCUUUCUCUCUCUCCUCUCUUUCUCUCUCUCCCUCUCUUUCUCUCUCUCUCUCUCUCCUUCUCUCUUUCUCUCUCUCUUUCUCCUUCUCUCUCUCUUUCUCCUUCUCUCUUUCUCUCUCUCCCCUUCUCUCUCUCUCUCCCCUUCUCUCUUUCUCUCUCUCUCUCCUUCUCUCUCUCCCAUUCUCUCUUUCUCUCUCUCUCCCCUUCUCUCUUUCUCUCUCUCUCUCCUUCUCUCUCUCCCCUUCUCUCUUUCUCUCUCUCUCCCCUUCUCUCUCUCUCUCUCCUUCCUUUCUUUCUCUCUCUCUCCUCUCUCUCUCUCUCUCCUUUCUUUCUUUUUCUCUCUCUCUCUCUCUCUCUCUCUCUCUCUCUCUCUCUCUCUCUCUCUCUCUCUCUCUCUCUCUCUCUCUCUCUCUCUCUCUCUCUCUCUCUCUCUCUCUAUCACACACAUGUUAACGGAAAUGGCCUUAUCUCCCUGUAAAGCAAAUCCCCCACCCUCCCCCUUUAUUUCACUUAAGUAGAGCAAACUAAUUCAGAGGGAAAUUACCAAAGACCAGGUUUUCUUGCCUAUGCUGCCAACUGCCAUCAAAAACAAGUAGAGGAACACAACAUAUUUUAUCCGAGUCACUUUAACAGCAAUAGUACUGGAACCUGUUUUUGAAAGCAUACCCUUAACCCAAAAUACCUAGUCACAUGACCUUUUAACCCUUUCAGAUCGUAGUCAACAUGUUAUACCGGCAAAUAGAUGGUGACAUUAUGUGCUAUUUGAAGAGAAUCCAAACCUAAGUAAAAUGUGCUUCAUCCCCCUCCCCCACCAUAAAACUACUUUAAUCUGUACCAAGUCUUUAGACAUAUGCUCCUAUAACUAAUAAUAGCACAAUUUAUCUUUUGUGUGUCUCUGUCGUGCUGACAACAAUUUAAAGAUAAAAAAAAUAUGAACGUUAUCUAUAGCUGUUUAACAAAACAAACAAAACAUGUAGAAAAACAAGUCUGUAUUGUCUGGUGUUGUAGUGUGGGGGUAUAUUUGGGGGAAGGGGUUCCUAUUUCCUCAGGUCAGGGAUUAUAACAGUUCAUCAAAUCUACAAUGUGAAAACAAAAAACUACAUGAAGCUAUAUAAACAUUUGAAUAGCAAAUAAUUACAAUUUUGAAGGUGACAAAAAAUAGAGGGCUGCCUUCGAGUUAUUAUUGUCUCAGUGGAUUGGAGCGACAUGACACUACGGGUCGGGGUAGGACUGCUGUGUUGUUCACAAAUCCAAGGGUUGUCCUAAGAGUGCUCAGUAAAUUUAGAUACAAAAAUAGACAACUUUAUGUUCUGUGAGUGCUCAUUUUUUGUUGCCUUUUUUCUCUGUGAGGAUGGGUCUGCGCAACUUUUAAUGUCCAGGCACUUUUUUCUGUUGUAUUCUGGGUGCAUUUUGUGGGGCUAGAAUAUGAUGUGGAUGAGAAUAUUGUGUUAUUGCCAACCCUAAGAGGUGCUCAGUGGAUUCAACAUAGGAGGCAACCUUUUGAGGCACUGGACCUUCACAGGUUGACAAUAAAAUCACAAUGCUCUAACUAAAACACAUGAAAUUUAUCAAAUAAAAUGUCAGACCCUAUGUUUUCUUUGUAAUUUGCAUAAAGUUAGUAAUAACUUUGGUAUGAUGUCAAUGGCUUCGGUUGUGUGUACAUUGGAAGGGGAGGAAAGAUUAAAUAAAGACUUGACCUCUAUGUUAACCAUGUCAGACAAGUCAAGGAAAUGGGAUGUUACUGGAAAAAUACAUUUUAUUUUUACCCUCUAGUCAAAUUUCCAGAAUUCUUAGAAUGGUGUCACGAUUCGAAACAGAUUCCUCUGUUGUUAAUAUGUUUAUUUUUGUUUGAGCUGUUCAUUUUGGGGAGGGAAUAUUAUUUUGUUCUUUGAGGACUGCGGUUGGGGGAGUGACAGUCAACAUUGCCUCUUUUUGCCUUGCCUUUCAGGAGGGAAUAGACUGGGGGAUCAUGGGUAAUGUGUUCUGUUCAGUCUUUUUUAUUUUAUUUAUUGUGUUUUUGUUUUGAAUGGGAUUGGAUAUUUAACAAAGUGGAUUACAAUGUACCAGAGGAAACCAAUUUAAAACCAGAAGUACAUAAAAAAACAAUUGUAGUGUAAAUCUCUUAUUAUAUUGAUGAACAUCAUGGAUAUAUAUAUAUAUAUAUAUAUAUAUAUAUAUAUAUAUAUAUAUAUAUAUAUAUAUAUAUUGGAAAACCAAUCAUUCUGAUGACGUGUGUUUAUUGUUCCGAGUUAGAAAUUCCCAGCGUGGGUGUGCGUGUGUUUGAAACUAAUGAUGAAAUUAAAUAAAAUCUAUGAUAAAAUGGG